UUUACAUUUAUGCCGGAUUCUCAGUGAAAAUAAAAGCCAUGACAGUUCGACCUACAGAGAUUUUCAACAAGCUCUCUAUGAGUUGUCAUACCAUGUCAUUAAAGGAAAUUUAAAGCAUGAACAGGCAUCUAGUGUUCUUAAUGACAUUAGUGAAUUUCGUGAGGAUAUGCCUUCUAUUCUUGCUGAUGUAUUCUGCAUAUUAGAUAUUGAGACAAAUUGUUUAGAAGAAAAAAGCAAGAGAGACAAUUUUACACAAUUGGUAUUAGCAUGUUUGUAUUUAGUUUCAGACACAGUUCUGAAGGAACGCUUGGAUCCAGAAACUUUGGAGUCAUUAGGGCUAAUCAAACAAUCUCAGCAGUUCAAUCAAAAGUCAGUUAAAAUAAAGACAAAACUCUUCUAUAAGCAACAAAAAUUCAAUUUAUUAAGAGAAGAGAAUGAAGGUUAUGCCAAGCUGAUUGCUGAAUUGGGGCAAGAUUUAUCUGCAAAUAUUACUAGCGAUUUAAUAUUAGAAAAUAUCAAAUCUUUAAUAGGAUGCUUUAAUUUGGAUCCCAAUAGAGUUUUGGAUGUAAUUUUAGAAGUGUUUGAAUGCAGGCCAGAACACGAUGACUUCUUUAUAUCUUUAUUAGAAUCUUACAUGAGCAUGUGUGAACCGCAAACACUGUGUCAUAUUCUUGGGUUCAAAUUCAAGUUUUACCAGGAACCAAGUGGUGAGACUCCUUCGUCUUUAUACAGAGUUGCAGCAGUGCUUCUGCAAUUUAAUCUCAUAGAUUUAGAUGAUCUUUACGUACAUCUUCUACCAGCUGAUAAUUCCAUUAUGGAUGAAUACAAACGAGAAAUUGUGGAAGCUAAGCAAAUUGUAAGAAAACUAACAAUGGUUGUAUUGUCUACUGAAAAACUUGAUGAACGAGACAAAGAAAAGGACAAAGAUGAUGAGAAAGUAGAGAAGCCACCUGACAACCAAAAACUUGGUUUGUUGGAAGCCUUGUUAAAGAUCGGUGAUUGGCAACAUGCACAGAGCAUCAUGGAUCAGAUGCCUCCAUACUAUGCAGCUUCACAUAAAUUAAUAGCUCUAGCUAUUUGCAAGCUCAUUCACGUAACUGUUGAGCCUCUCUACCGAAGAGUUGGUGUUCCUAAAGGUGCUAAAGGCUCACCCAUUAGUGCUUUGCAAAACAAGAGAGCACCAAAGCAAGUAGAGACCUUUGAAGAUUUGAGGAGGGAUGUAUUCAACAUGUUCUGUUACCUUGGCCCUCACCUUUCUCACGACCCCAUUUUAUUUGCAAAAGUCGUGCGCAUAGGCAAGUCAUUUAUGAAGGAGUUUCAGUCUGAUGGAAGCAAACAAGAAGAUAAAGAAAAAACGGAAGUUAUCCUUAGCUGUUUGCUUAGCAUUACUGACCAGGUAUUACUUCCAUCUCUUUCUUUGAUGGACUGCAAUGCUUGCAUGUCUGAGGAACUAUGGGGAAUGUUUAAGACAUUUCCCUAUCAACAUAGAUACCGUCUGUAUGGCCAGUGGAAGAAUGAAACUUAUAAUGGCCACCCACUUUUAGUAAAAGUUAAAGCUCAAACAAUAGACAGAGCUAAGUAUAUCAUGAAGCGGCUAACCAAGGAAAAUGUGAAGCCUUCAGGAAGACAAAUUGGCAAGUUGAGCCACAGCAAUCCAACCAUUUUGUUUGAUUAUAUCUUGUCACAAAUCCAGAAGUAUGAUAACUUAAUAACACCUGUAGUAGAUUCAUUGAAAUACCUCACCUCAUUGAAUUACGAUGUAUUGGCCUAUUGUAUCAUUGAAGCUUUAGCUAAUCCAGAAAAGGAGAAAAUGAAACAUGAUGACACAACCAUCUCAAACUGGCUUCAGAGUCUGGCUAGUUUCUGUGGUGCAGUGUUCCGUAAAUACCCGAUUGAUCUUGCUGGUCUUCUUCAGUAUGUAGCCAAUCAAUUAAAGGCAGGCAAAAGUUUUGAUCUACUAAUAUUGAAAGAAGUGGUACAAAAAAUGGCAGGAAUCGAAGUUAUGGAGGAAAUGACAACAAAGCAAUUAGAGGCCAUGACUGGUGGGGAGCAGCUAAAGGCUGAGGGUGGUUAUUUUGGCCAGAUCAGAAACACUAAAAAAUCUUCUCAGAGAUUAAAGGAUGCACUGCUGGACCAUGAUCUUGCUCUUCCUCUUUGUCUGCUUAUGGCUCAGCAGAGGAAUGGGGUAAUUUUUCAGGAGGGUGGAGAGAAACACUUGAAACUUGUGGGAAAGCUCUAUGACCAGUGUCAUGAUACCCUAGUACAGUUUGGUGGAUUUUUAGCAUCCAAUCUAAGUACAGAAGAUUAUAUAAAGCGAGUGCCUUCAAUUGACGUGCUCUGUAAUGAAUUCCAUACACCUCAUGAUGCAGCAUUUUUCCUGUCUAGGCCAAUGUAUGCACACCAUAUUUCGUCAAAAUAUGAUGAACUUAAAAAAUCGGAAAAGGGAAGUAAACAGCAACAUAAAGUCCAUAAAUACAUUACGUCAUGUGAGAUGGUGAUGGCUCCUGUCCACGAAGCAGUGGUCUCCUUACACGUUUCCAAAGUCUGGGAUGAUAUCAGCCCUCAGUUCUAUGCUACCUUUUGGUCACUGACAAUGUAUGACCUUGCAGUUCCACAUACCAGCUAUGAAAGAGAAGUUAAUAAACUUAAAGUCCAGAUGAAAGCGAUUGAUGACAAUCAGGAAAUGCCCCCAAAUAAAAAGAAAAAAGAGAAGGAGCGUUGCACAGCCCUUCAGGACAAGCUUCUAGAAGAAGAAAAGAAACAGAUGGAACAUGUUCAGAGAGUUCUUCAGAGACUGAAAUUGGAAAAAGACAACUGGCUUUUAGCAAAGUCAACCAAAAAUGAGACCAUCACAAAAUUUCUACAGCUGUGUAUAUUUCCUCGAUGCAUUUUUUCAGCAAUAGAUGCUGUUUACUGUGCUCGUUUUGUUGAAUUGGUACAUCAACAGAAAACUCCAAAUUUUUCCACACUUCUUUGCUAUGACCGAGAAUGUGGAAACUAUCCAGGAUUCCUUACCAUAUUGCGGGCAACUGGAUUUGAUGGUGGAAAUAAAGCUGAUCAAUUAGAUUAUGAAAAUUUUCGACAUGUUGUACAUAAGUGGCAUUACAAACUAACCAAGGCAUCGGUGCAUUGCCUUGAGACAGGCGAAUAUACUCAUAUCAGGAAUAUAUUGAUUGUGCUAACAAAAAUACUUCCUUGGUACCCAAAAGUUUUGAAUCUGGGUCAGGCUUUGGAAAGAAGAGUGAAUAAAAUAUGCCAAGAAGAAAAAGAGAAGAGGCCAGAUCUAUAUGCAUUGGCUAUGGGCUACUGGGGGAUGUUGAAAUGUAGAAAGUCACACAUGAUACCUGAAAAUGAAUUUCAUCACAAAGAUCCUCCUCCAAGAAAUGCUGUUGCCAGUGUACAAAAUGGGCCUGGUGGUGGGACUUCAUCAUCAUCCCUAGGAAGUGCAUCUAAAUCGGAUGAGAGUGGUACUGAGGAGACUGAUAAACCAAGGGAGAGUUCUCAGUGUGGUACAAAAGCUGUGAAUAAGGCUUCUAGUACCACACCAAAAGGGAAUUCAAGCAAUGGAAAUAGUGGUUCUAACAGCAACAAAGCUGUUAAAGAAAAUGAGAAAGAGAAAGUAAAAGAGAAAGAAAAAGAGAAAAAAGAAAAGACUCCAGCUACAACUCCAGAGGCCAGGGUACUUGGUAAAGAUGGUAAAGAAAAAGCAAAGGAAGAGCGGCCAAAUAAAGAUGAAAAAGCAAGAGAGACAAAGGAAAGAACGCCUAAGUCCGACAAAGAGAAAGAAAAAUUCAAGAAGGAAGAAAAAGCUAAAGAUGAGAAAUUCAAGACCACACCCCCCAGCGUAGAAUUAAAGUCAUCUCAAGAAAGAGAAAGAGAAAAGGAGCCAUCCAGAGAAAGAGAUAUAGCAAAGGAAAUGAAGUCAAAGGAAAAUGUUAAAGGAGGAGAAAAAACGCCAGUUUCAGGGUCCUUGAAGUCACCUGUUCCCAGAUCAGAUAUCUCGGAGACUGAAAGGGAACAAAAACGCCGCAAAAUUGAUACUCAUCCUUCUCCAUCACAUUCCUCCACAGUAAAGGUUACAGACACACUUCCCAAAGUUCCUCUGGGUUCUGAGAACUAUGCCAGCUCACCUGUCAUCUCCAUUCAUUUUCUACAGGACAGUCUCGUCGAUCUCAAGGAAUCUUCAGCAAAGCUCUACAUUAAUCAUACUCCACCACUGUCCAAGAGUAAGGAGAGAGAAAUGGACAAGAAAGAUUUGGACAAGUCAAGGGAAAGAUCCAGAGAAAGAGAGAAAAAAGAUGAAAAGGACAGGAAAGAGCGGAAAAGGGAUCACUCAAACAAUGACCGCGAAGGGCCACCGGACAUAACAAAGAGGCGGAAAGAGGAAAAUGGAACAAUGGGGGUUUCAAAACACAAAAGUGAGAGUCCAUGUGAGUCUCAAUAUCCAAAUGAGAAAGACAAAGAGAAAAAUAAAUCAAAAUCUUCAGGCAAAGAAAAAGGCAGUAGUGAUUCGUUUAAAUCUGAGAAGAUGGAUAAAAUCUCCUCUGGUGGCAAAAAGGAAUCCAGGCAUGAUAAAGAAAAGAUAGAAAAGAAAGAGAAACGGGAUAGUUCAGGAGGAAAGGAAGAGAAGAAACAUCAUAAGUCCUCUGACAAGCACAGAUAAUGAACACUUUCAACCAAGGGUGUGGACAGACCCCUAAGCUGAACGUCUCCCAGAGGAGGAUGCCAAAGCUCCAUGAGUCACUCUCAGAAUAAUAUCUCCCAUAAUUAAGAGCUUCUGGUGCUGUCCAUUUUAUGGGAAUCUGCUUUAAGUCAGAAGAUGCAAACACACCACCAUCCUUUUGACAAGACAUUCCAAAGUCACUGAUUUUCAGAACAUUAUUUUCACCUGCAGGCAAUUUCUUGGAGCAAGGUCCCUGUGCAUACCAUUUUUACUUGAGAUAUGCCAUCCAGAAGCAACGUCUAAUGAAAAAUUCACUAGCUGACUUUUAGUUCACCCUUCUUUCUCAGAAAGGAGAGGAAAUUGCCUCCUGGAACCAAUUCCUUAAAGAUGUAGAUAGGUUGCCUUUGUGUGUGAACUCUUUAAGUGUGAAAACAUUGGGAUGAUUAUGUUGUUUGGAGGGUUUUGGCUUCUUGUAAAAUUUUAAUUUUAAUUCCAGUUGCUGGGAAAGAUCUUUAUAUGCUUCAACAACAUUUUUAUCCUUUAAUGUACCCUUAAGUAUGUCAUCAAAAGUUCCUUGUCCUUAAGGAAUUCUCAUAAUGUGACAUCAUCAUGAUUGAGACCCCAUUUCUUACUCUGAUUAUGGUCAUGUGGAUACCAUGAUGUUCUUUUUUUUUAUUGGAAUAUUACAUAGACAUCAUCAUGAUCAAGGACCCAUUUCUUAUUCUCAAAAGUAUGGUUAUGUGAAUAUCAUAAUGAAUUUAAUUGGGACAUUAUUCACUUUCACUCUAAAAUACUUGAGAUGCAAUCACCAUUUGAAAGUGGACAAUUCAGUGGUCUCUAGUAUAUUUACUGUGUGAUGCAGUCAUCACCAUAGUCUAAUCUCGGAACAUUUUUCUGACCUAAAAAAAAAAAAAAAAAAAAAAAAAAAAGAAAGAAAAACAUGCGGGUUAGCAGUCACUUUUAACUCUCCUUUUCUCUAGCCGCUGGAAGCUACUGACCCAUUUUCUGUCUAUGAAUUUGCCUGGUUUGGGACAUUUCAUAUAAAUGGAAUCGUGCAAUAUCAUGUCCUUUGGGGCCAGGGUUCUUUCAACUGCAGUUAUGUUAUCUAGAGUUAUCCAUGGUGUAGCAUGUGUCAAUAAUCCAUUCCUUUUUAUGGUUAAAUAUUCCAUAGAAUGAAUGUGUGCUAUGUUUUGUUUACCCAUUUAUGAAUUGAUGGACAGGAACAAUUAUUUUUUUAAGUAUUAAAAUUGUAAGUUGAACAUCAGUGUAUCCAAAACUCUAAUUGAUGAUGUCCAGAUUACACAUGGCAUGCACAGAAUGCUGUGUAAAAAAGGAUGUAGAAAUUAUUUGUCAGCAUUUCAUACAAGUGUGAUUAUUUUCUAAGUCCCCUUCUAGCUAUGAUUUUUAGGAACUGUUUGAAUGUAGUAUUUUCAUUAAUAAAGUUUAAUGCAUUAAGCAUUAAUUUAAAAUUUGAGAACAUGUAAUGAUCAGUAAUGAUCAUGUUUUGAGUUUAUUUCAUUAUGCAGUAUUUGAAAAAAAUGUCUACAUAAAGGAAAGGAAAUGAGUAUAAUUGAGUCAAUAUAUUUUUAAAGCAAUUUUUAUAAUUUAGCAGACAUUGCAUCUUAAUAUAAUUCACUAUUAAAAUUGUGUCCUUGUGAAAAAAGUCGAUGUCAUUUUUCUAUUUCUUUUGGCUAAUUAUGUAAAAUAGGUUCCUUUCCUUUGCUACUUGUUCUGUUUAUUUUUGAUACAUUAUUCCUUGCACCUAUAGAGUGUUGUACCUGUUAGUCUUUAAUCUUUUUCUCUCUGUCCCACAAACCUUCCAUCCUCUCACAUACAAAAUGUCCAGUGUUUCUUAAAAUUCAUAGUGUCUUAAUGGUUUCUAAGAAUGGAUAAAGACACAGAAAUAUUUCAUCGUCUUCUGGGAACUCCAUCAUCCAGGCCUUUGUUAUUAACAGAAUUCACUGAGGUUUCUUCCUGAAUGGUUUUUUCCUCUGUCUUUUCCUUCCCCUCGAUCACUUUCUGGCCCUCCAUUUCUGGUCUCGUCUUUCCCUGCUGUAGCCUUCCUCCUUAUAUUUUCCUUAGACUCCUUGUCUAUUUAUAUAACUAAUUUGUCUUUUUUCAGGUGGAAAGAAUGAAAUGAAUUCAUGCAGCUGUGACCAGAAUUUUAUUUUCCUGAGUAGAUUUCUGAGAAUUGUGAAUGAAGUGGGCCCAUUUUCAGUUAUCUGCUUUAUUAUUGCUCCAUGCAGAAAACCUAAAAUUGUUGUAUUAUAUGUUAUUGUACUUUAACUUGUUGCUUAAUUUCUACAUGUUUAUUUUCAGUAAUGGCUGGAAGUGUUAAUUAUUCCAUUAUUUUAGCACAAUGUGCUGCAUAUACUUCCCAAUAAGCAAAUAAGGUUACAUGUGUACAGAAUUUCACUUUUGAUUAAAUAUUGCCUGGGUUUCGGUCCUUUCCCCCAUUUGAAAUGCUUCCUUUUUAAUGUUUGGAACUGAAAAUAAGCAGUUACUGAAUGAUUUUGAAUUUACCUCAUUUUAGAACUCAGUUUUAAUUUAUUUGGCCUGGUUUUUUUUAAUAUUAGUCACUAAAAAUAAAGUGGAACACUGUCUUAUGCAAUGCCUAAGAAUCGUUUUAUAUAGUAUGUGUACAACAUUAAAACCUGUUCUACAAAGAAAAAUAUACCAGCGCUCACUUGUCAUUUGCCAUUUUUCUUGUAAUUAGGAAAUAUUGGGGGGGAAGAGGGGGAUAAAAGAUUAAUUGUGUUUUAAUUUUACAGCUACCGGAGCUUUGUAUUGCUAAACUUAAUCUGGAAAAGUUUCACAGUGACAUUUUUAGAGAAUUUUUUAUCUACUGAAUUCUACCAGUGUAACCAUUUUUUCUAAAUAAACAAUAGUUUUCACAAAUGACUAUA